CGGCCCGAGCGAAGGAGUCGCAUCCAAGAUGGCGCUGUGCGGACGUGUCGGGGCCCGGGGCCGCCGCGGGCCGGGCCCUCUGCUCCUCCUCUUCCUCGCGGCCCUCGGCCCGGCGCUGGCUCAGCCGGCCGGGGCCGCCGCCGCCGCAUUCCCGCCGCCGGGGCAGCCGCAGGGACAGCCGCAGGGGGGGCAGCAGCAGCAGCAGCAGUCGCCUCAACUCGGGCCGGCCGUGGGCGGCGUUGGCGGCGGCGGGCGGGCGCCCCGCGUCGGCUCCUCCGGCGGCUGGAAGCUGGCCGAAGAGCCGGUGUGCCGUGAAGACGUGAUGCGCGUCUGCCCCAAGCACAGCUGGGCCAACAACCUGGCCGUCCUCGAGUGCCUGCAGGACGUGCGCGAGCCGGAUAACGAGAUCUCUUCUGACUGCAACCACCUGCUGUGGAACUACAAAUUGAACCUGACUACAGAUCCAAAAUUUGAAUCGGUGGCUAGAGAAGUUUGCAAAUCCACUAUAUCAGAGAUCAAAGAGUGUGCUGAUGAACCGGUCGGAAAAGGUUAUUUGGUAUCGUGCUUGGUGGAGCACAGAGGAAACAUCACGGAAUACCAGUGUCACCAGUACAUCACCAAAAUGACAGCCAUAAUUUUCAGCGAUUACCGCCUGAUCUGUGGAUUUAUGGAUCACUGCAGGUCUGAUAUUAACUUCCUGAAGUGUGGCAGUAUUCGACCGGGAGAAAAGGAUGCCCAUUCUCAAGGGGAAGUGGUGGCCUGCCUGGAGAAAGGACUGGUGAAAGUGGCGGAGGACAACGAGCAUCGCAUCAAAGUCUCGGAGUCCUGCAUGAAGGCGAUUCUCCGAGUGGCGGAGCUGUCCUCGGAUGACUUCCAUCUGGACCGGCAUCUCUAUUUUGCUUGCCGAGAUGAUCGGGAGCACUUUUGUGAGACUACUCAAGCAGGCGAAGGCAGAGUAUACAAGUGUCUAUUUAACCACAAGUUUGAAGAUGCCAUGAGUGAAAAGUGUCGGGAUGCAUUGACCACUCGGCAAAAGUUGAUUGCCCAGGAUUACAAAGUCAGCUACUCCUUGGCCAAAUCCUGCAAAAGCGACCUGAAAAAGUACCGUUGUAAUGUGGAGAAUUUGCCUCGUACCCGGGAAGCCCGUCUCUCUUACCUGCUCAUGUGCCUCGAAUCUGCUGUGCACAGAGGCCGGCAGGUAAGCAGCGAAUGCCAGGGAGAAAUGCUGGACUACAGGCGGAUGCUGAUGGAGGACUUCUCCCUGAGCCCAGAAAUCAUCCUCGGCUGCCGCACUGAGAUCGAGCACCAUUGCUCGGGGCUGCAUCGAAAGGGCCGCACUCUGCACUGCCUGAUGAAAGUGGUUCGGGGAGAGAAAGGCAACUUGGGGGACAGCUGCCAACAUUCACUUCAGACGCUGAUCCAGGAGGUGGACCCUGUGGCGGAUUAUCGUAUCGAUCGAGCUUUGAACGAAGCCUGCGAGUCAGUGAUCCAAACAGCCUGCAAGCACAUCCGUGCCGGAGAUCCCAUGAUUCUUUCUUGCCUCAUGGAGCACUUGUACACAGAGAAGAUGGUGGAGGAUUGUGAACACCGGCUCUUAGAGCUUCAGUACUUUAUUUCACGGGAUUGGAAGUUGGAUUCCGUCCUCUACCGUAAGUGCCAAGGAGAUGCCUCUCGACUUUGUCACACUCAUGGUUGGAAUGAAACAAGCGAGAUUAUUCCUCCCGGAGCCAUCUUCUCCUGCCUAUACAGACACGCUUAUCGCACAGAAGAGCAGGGAAGAAGGUUAUCCCGAGAAUGCAGAGCGGAAGUACAGCGAAUUCUGCAUCAGCGCGCUUUGGAUGUGAAACUAGAUCCAGCCCUCCAAGACAAGUGCAUGAUAGAUUUGGGGAAGUGGUGCAGUGAGAAAACAGAAACUGGACAGGAACUCGAAUGUCUACAAGACCAUCUGGAUGAUCUGGUAACUGAAUGCAGAGACGUUGUUGGAAACCUUACAGAGCUGGAAUCUGAGGACAUCCAGAUAGAAGCUUUGCUGAUGCGAGCAUGUGAACCCAUCAUCCAGACCUUCUGCCAUGAAAUGGCAGACAACCAAAUUGACUCAGGAGACCUCAUGGAGUGUCUGGUUCAAAAUAAACAUCAGAAGGAGAUGAAUGAGAAGUGUGCAGUUGGAGUUACGCAUUUCCAGCUAAUCCAAAUGAAGGAUUUCAGGUUCUCCUACAAAUUUAAAAUGGCCUGCAAGGAAGAUGUGCUGAAGUUGUGUCCUAACAUCAAGAAAAAGGUGGACGUGGUGAUCUGCCUGAGCACCACGGUGCGCAAUGAUACCCUGCAGGACGCCAAAGAGCACCGGGUUUCUCUGAAGUGCCGCAAGCAGCUGCGGGUGGAGGAGCUGGAAAUGACUGAAGAUAUCCGUCUGGAACCAGAUCUUCACGAAGCGUGUAAAACUGACAUUAGGAACUACUGCCAGAACGUUCCCUACGGCAAUGCCCAGAUCAUUGAGUGUUUGAAAGAAAACAAGAAACAGCUGAGCAGCCGUUGCCAUCAAAAAGUCUUCAAACUCCAAGAGACAGAGAUGAUGGAUCCAGAGCUGGAUUACACCCUUAUGCGGGUCUGCAAACAGAUGAUCAAGAGGUUCUGCCCUGAAGCAGACGCAAAGAACAUGCUGCAGUGCUUGAAGCAGAACAAAAACAGCGAGGUGAUGGAUCCCAAAUGCAAGCAAAUGAUCACAAAGCGCCAGAUUACCCAGAACACAGAUUACCGCCUGAAUCCAGUGCUCAGGAAAGCAUGCAAAGCAGACAUCCCCAAAUUCUGCCAGAGCAUUCUGAGUAAAGCCAAGGAGGAGUCAGAGCUGGAAGGGCAGGUCAUCUCCUGCCUGAAACUGAAAUACGCAGACCAGCGUCUUUCUUCAGACUGCGAAGAUCAGAUUCGAGUGAUCAUUGAGGAAUCUGCUCUGGAUUACCGGUUAGAUCCUCAGUUGCAAAUGCACUGCUCAGAAGAGAUUUUCACUUUGUGCGCAGAAGAGGCCGCAGCCCAGGAGCAGACUGGGCAGGUGGAAGAGUGCCUGAAAGUGAACUUGCUCAAAAUUAAAGCAGAGAUGUGCAAAAAGGAGGUGCUGAACAUGCUGAAGGAAAGCAAGGCUGAUAUUUUUGUGGAUCCCGUCCUUCACACAGCCUGCGCGCUGGACAUCAAGCACCACUGUGCCGCCAUCACUCCAGGAAGAGGCCGGCAGAUGUCCUGCCUCAUGGAGGCUCUGGAGGACAAGCGGGUACGGCUACAGCCAGAAUGCAAAAAACGCCUUAAUGACCGGAUCGAAAUGUGGAGCUUUGCCGCGAAGGUGGCCCCAGCAGAAGGCUUUUCGGACCUUGCCAUGCAAGUGGUGACGUCUCCCUCCAAGAACUACAUCCUGUCGGUGAUCAGUGCAGGCAUCUGUGUCCUGUUCCUGAUUGGUCUGAUGUGCGGGCGUAUCACCAAGCGAGUGACACGAGAACUGAAGGACAGGUAGAGACGACCUUGAUCACCGGAGGGAAGGAGGAGGAGGAGGAAGGCCUGCCCAAUUUGUACAGUCUUCUCUGUAUAGUCUCCCUCCCCACCUCGCUCUCCUUCAGACAAUACAAGCCAAUUAGAACAGCAGCAGCAGCAGCAGCAGCAGCUCGGGUCGACUGGUCUCCCAUCCUGUCCAGCAGCUUUGUUACCCCAUCGUUAGCCACGGUUGUUUGCCUGCCUGUAGACAAAGCUCUUUCUUUCCCCCCUCCCCCCCUUUUAUUUUCUGGUCCCCUCGUCCUGUUGAACUACCUUCUUCACGUGCUCCAAAUCAGACUGACAAACUGCAGCCCCGGAGGUUUUUAAAGUGAACCUUUUAAAGAUCCAUUCUUGGCAUAAUUUGGCGAGGGGAAGAGGGCAGUGUGUCUCGGUGAGGAAAUAUUUGCACCCUGAGUUUAGGCAGGACUUGAAAGGAUGGGACAUUUUACCCACCACUCACCACCACCGACCCGUGGUUUGGAUACCUAGUUUGCCAAUGAACCAGCAUCUUCAGCUCAUCCUCUGUCAGGAAAAAAUGGUCUCAGAGGAAUAUCAUCUCCGCCGGUUCUCCUCUUUCUGUCACAAGGGUCUGUUUGUGUGUAUUUUUCCUUUCCUUAACCAGUUUGUUCCUUAGUUUCCGCCAACCGGCAAAAGCCACUUUUUUUCUCCGUUGUCUUUGGGAUGAAUAAAAUAUCGACCCCACAUACGAAAAAGUCCGGUGCUUUUAUAGGUUUUCCCCUCGAAAAAGCUACAUCCUGCCCCAGUGGAAGCUGUUAGAUGAGACAAGUGAGGGUGCAAAGCUGCGUAGCAAGUAGGCGUCUCGGAAAGUUACACUGAAGAUUUGGGGCCCCGAAAGAGGAAGAUGGCCGUUCCUGGGGCGAUGAUUAUAAGGUGACCCUCUCCCCCGAUAUGCAGAUGUGGCAUUAAUUGGAAGGGGAGAGGGGUUCAUGCUCUGUAGGAAAGGGGUCCCUUCUGGAGACUCUUCCUGAGCACAAAAGGGUUGAUGGGGACGGUUUGUCUGUUAUUUGAAAGGAAGCAGUAACUUUUCUGAAGCAGCUCUGUGAACAGCCCUCCUGGCCUGAACCUGGAUGCUACUCUUGACCUGAUUGGGGAGUAAAAGAAGCCGCACCUGCUCUUUGGUUGGCACAUGGGACAGUCUUUUAACCUGCUAGCCUGCUGGGUCUGAAUCCUGCAUUUGGGUGUUCUGGCCAGUGCAAAGCUUAAUUGCUUGCCCCUCUCCAUUUCCCUGGCAUGUUCCAGCUCAUCCCAGUAUUGCACUUGCUAGGCAGAUUCUACCUUUAUAGAUUACUAUUAUUAUUAUUAUUAUUUUUGCAUUUAACUUCCCGAAAGUGGAGGGUGUUUCUGUCAAGGGACCAGGGCGGUCAGAGUGUCUGGGCAAGCUGUCGCUCGUAACAGUACUGUGAAUAUUUUCUGCUGCUCUGAAGUUUUGGUGAAUGGUGUCUCCACAAAGUGAACUUUUAGGAGACUUCAUACUGGAAAAUGAGCAAUGUGGCAUCUGGUUUUGCUUCCCUAGAGCUGGCGGUUUGGUGUGUUUUAUAUUUUUAAGUGACUACUGAUUCUUUUUUUUCUUCUUGCUAUCAUGAACAGUACUUGGGUCACGGUUCUUUUUGUGUUCCCCCUGGAUCUUCUAGAACGGGGGGUGGGGAAGGGUGGCCCUUUUAUGACUUGUGGACGUCAACUCCCAGAAUUCCUAAGCCAGCCAGGCACCAUGUUGGCUCAGGAAUUC